UCAUGGCUGAAAAGAAGAGUGUUUUGGGGCUUCCUCUGCUCUUUCUGCUUAUUUCUGCGGCUCUCCUGCACUUGCUCAUCUGUCCCUUCACCAAAGUCGAAGAAAGCUUCAAUUUACAAGCGACUCAUGACAUUUUGUAUCACAGAUUCAACUUUGACGAGUAUGACCAUCAUGAAUUCCCCGGUGUGGUUCCACGCUCUUUUCUUGGCCCACUGUUUGUGUCUGCGCUCUCCUCACCCGUACUUCUUCUCUCUUCCUUGUUGGAUGCACCAAAAUUCUACUCCCAGCUUAUAGUCCGGGCGUCGCUGGGACUGUGUGUGAUCGCUGCGCUAUGGCACAUGCAGCGAGAGGUGAGGAGGCAGUUCGGCUCAACUGUCGCCAGCCUCUUCUGUCUGACCUGUGCGUCUCAGUUUCACCUGAUGUUCUACAGCACGAGGACCCUCCCGAACGUGUUUGCACUGCCAAUUGUUCUUGUAGCAUUCACAUCUUGGAUGGCUCAGAAAUCUGGAAGGUUCAUCAGCCUCUCCGCUUUGGCCAUCAUCGUGUUCCGGUCCGAGCUCUGCAUCUUCUUGGGUCUCAUGUUACUCAUGUCUCUGCUGAGCCGGAGGCUGGGACUGCUUCAGCUGCUGUAUUAUGCUGUUCCUGCAGGGAUCCUGUCACUGGCUCUGACAGUGGCUGUGGACAGCUUCUUUUGGAGGAAGCUCCUGUGGCCUGAAGGGCAGGUUUUGUGGUACAACACUGUUCUAAACAAAAGUUCCAACUGGGGAACCUUGCCGUUUCUCUGGUACUUUUACUCUGCUGUUCCUCGCGCCCUGGGCUGCACGCUGCUCUUCGUACCUCUCGGCCUCCUGGACAGGCGGAUGAGGCUGCUGCUGCUGCCCGCAGUGGGCUUUAUUCUCAUCUACUCGCUGCUGCCGCACAAGGAGUUGCGUUUCAUUAUAUACACAUUCCCUGUGCUCAGUUUGGUGGCUGCACGCGGCUGCUCUUUCAUUUUAUGCAACUACCAGAAAUCUUGGAUGUAUAAACUUGGCUCGGCGGUCGUGGUGGGCCAGCUGCUGACCAACGCAGCUUACACCAGCAUUUGCCUCCACGUGUCUCACCAUAACUACCCCGGAGGCAGAGCCAUGCAGGAGCUGCACAGGAUGCUGCCCCCCUCAGCAGAUGUGUUUGUGCACAUUGACACCUACACUGCCGAAACAGGAGUGUCUCGCUUCUUGGAACAAAACAAAAACUGGAGGUACGACAAACGGGAGGACCUGAGCCCCACAAACCCUGAAAUGAAGCUGUACUCUCACCUGUUGAUGGAGGCGAACACCACCAGGAUACAGCAGCUCCGGGACUCCCAUCAGCCUCUGGCCUUCAUCGAGGGUUACAGCAGCAUUGCCUUUGACUUUUUUCACUUCCCACCAAUCAGCGUGCGCUUGGAUAGAAAAGCUGUGCUCAUGGAAAAAUCCAAGAAAGACUGAACCCUGGAAUCCAAAGAUCUGACUUUUAACGGGAUGCUUUUUGGAUGGAUUUUGUGAGUGACCAGCAACUACACGGACGAGUAUGUGUGACAUUCAAGUAUUUCUUGGUAGUAGGACAUUCCAGUAAAACUCAGCUUUCAUCUUAUUUACAUGAGGAAACAGGAUUGUUGUACAUAUCUUCAAAAGCUCAAGUUUUAAAUACAUAUCCAGCAAAACCUCAGAAUGUGACUUGUAUAUUUUGUAGAUAUGUUUUCUUAGAUAAAUAAAGCUGAUUCAGACCAUUAAUCGUAUGGUUGCUAGAUUUCAAAGCAAUGACCAUGUUUUGUACAACCAUAAAUUACUUUAUCUAAAUAUUUAACUGCUUAAAAGAACAAAAAAACUACUGGGAGAUAUAAGGAAAACCCUUUAUUUACAAAUGACCACAAAAAUUUGCAUGUUUCCAGUCUCAAUGCUAAAACAUUUAUCAAAUUAGGUUCAGAAGUCAUUCGAUAUAAAAAUGUACAGUACAUAGUUUUACUCAAUAAUAAACCCAUAAUUUAAUCCCCUGGACAUAAACUUAAAUUGUGCUUAAAAGACAAAUUGAGUAUUCCAAACAAACCCCUUUUUCCAAAAAAUACAGCAAUAUUAUACAUGAUCUUAUUAAAACAUUUCAGCAAGUUAAAAAAAAAAUGGAUCUAUUUCUAAAUGACAGUACCAUGAGCCACAAAUUCACAAUGACAAUUAAAUAACAUAACUUAAAAUGGUUUUCAGUCACAGCAUUUAUUUUUGGGCCAUGUUUCCAUUCUGAAAAUUCAUCUAGCUUUAAUCCAAAAAAUUAUCAAACAAGAAAAACAUCCUGACGUGAUCUGCGCAAUUUAACAAUAUGUACAGCGUUUUGACCUGAAGUAGUUUUGGAUAAGGCACAAGGAGAGAGUAGACAGGAAAC